UGAGAGACGCACAUACUCAAGUUAUCUCCCUCUAGCAUGUGGUGGACCGUUCAACACCCUGACACACACAAACACACACACACACACACACACACACACACACACACACACACACACACACACACACACACACACACACACACACACACACCCAUGACACUUAUACAGACAACAUGCUUCGGAUGAAGACUGAGCCUGAGUAUGAAGAAAAAUCGUGAAUUAUGUUUAUUGCCUGUUUUAGUUGUGGCCUGUCUGGUGUCCAUAAUGGGUGGUUCAUCUCUCCCUAGCCCUAUUCUGAUUGGUCCAGACAAGGCCUACCUGAACUCCAAGGUAGUGUUCCAAUGUAGGUCACCUGGGUCUCCUCCACCAAACACAUAUGAGCUCCUGAAGGACGGCAACCACCUGGUCGCCACGAGCAACGACCUCCAAGACAACCAAUUGGCUACGUUCUUCCUGAAGAUCUCUGUGAUGUCAGAAGGAUCGUACCACUGCAGAGUGACGGCAGGUGGAAACAUGGGCCUCAGUGGAACAGUCCGCCUGCAAGUAGUGAUCCCUGUCUCAGGCACUAUGGUGACCUCUGACCCUGAUCCUCCCAUUCUCUACGAGGGGUUGCGGCUCACUCUCACCUGUGAUGUCACCAAGGGCUCCCACCUCUCCUACACCUGGUUCUACAACAGACAGGAAGUGACAUCAUCUCCAACCUCACCUUUGACCCCGCUUCUGCUCUGGCCGGUGGGGAACACGCUGGUGGUGGAGAAGGUCACUGCAAAGCAUGCUGGGAAUUAUUCGUGCAUUGCCGGGACCAGGAUGCAGACCAACAGCAGGUUCUCCAGCAGCAGAGAGGUCACGGUCAGGGUCAAAGCCUAUCUCUCCGUACCCCAAAUAUCCUUCACUAUCUCCAAAGAGGGUUCAAGUUACUGCGGCAAUGUGACCUGCAGGUCAUCAAGGGGAACCCCUCCCGUGACCUUCUACCUCUUCCUUGACGACAAGGAGGUGGGUUCCGACGUGGCAACGGAGUCACUGGUUGCCUGGUUCCCUGUUGCCAUGGUUCCCGGGCAUGACAUGGGCACGGUGCGGUGUACAGUGGAGAGUGAUGCACAGAGACUGACCAGCAGACCCCUGACUCUGGUAGUGGUCCCAGUAGGAGGCUCACCAAAGGUGGAUGUGGAGUACCUUUACAGGGUUGAUUCCAAGAUGGCCGCCGCUCGUCUCCAAUGCCUCCUGAGCCUCGGGACAUUCCCUUUCUUCUCCUGGUCCCUCAACGGCUCCCUCCUCCUUCCCCCCUCCGAGGGAGACUCCUCUCACCCCUCUCACGCCCUGGCGGACGGAGGGCGCACCCUAUUCCUCACCGAGAUCACCCUAGAGGACUCUGGGUAUUAUCGGUGCAGGGCAAGGGACAGUUAUGACGUAACGUCCGCCUGGGUGGAAAGCCAACCUGUCCUUGUGCAGGUCACAGAAGUUGCCACGACAACCAUAGAGGUCAUGGCCAUAGUAUUCUGCUGCUUCCUCAUGCUGACCCUGGCAGGGGGUGUGGCCUGUGUGAUGAGGAUGCUCAACCGCCAAAGAGACAUUGUUGCAAGCAGCGAGCAGAGAGCGAGAGCAGCAAAUGAAAGACGAUUCAGCGAACAUUUCUGCAUCAUUCCAGAUCCACUUCCUCUGUCUGACAUCACUACCAGGUCAGGGGUCAAGCAAGUGGACACUUCCUGUGUUGGCAGUGACGUUGAGAAUCAGACCCUUGAGAUCACAAUAUAACCGACGUGAUGAAAUAAAACCCAACUUUAGACCGAGUUCCUCGCAAAAUGAUCCUUCAAUGUCAUUUUAUCCAACAAACUAUUAUAACGUUUUUUUCAAACACUUCAGCCCAUUUUUCAGAUUGAAGUGUUAUAUUUUCAAAACUCUUACAACAAAACUCAUAUUGAUUGCAGUACUCGCGGGGUAAUACACUCGACCACUGUUACUCUAACUUCCGUGAUGCAUACAAAGCCCUCCCCCGCCACCCCUUCGGCAAAUCCGACCACGGCGCCAUCUUGCUCCUACCGUCUUAUAGGUAGAAACUCAAACAGGAUGUACCAGUGACUAGAACCAUUCAACGCUGGUCUGACCAAUCGGAACCGAUUCUUCAAGAUUGUUUGAUCAUGCAGACUGGGAUAUGUUCCGGUCAGCCUCAGAGAACAACAUCGAUCUAUACGCUGACUCUGUGAGUUGAUAAGGAAGUGUAUAGGAGAUGUUGUACCCACUGUGCAUAUUAAAACCUACCCUAACCAGAAACCAAGGAUGGAUGGCGGCAUUUGUGCAAAACUGAAAGCGCGAACCACCACAUUUAACCAUAGAAUCAGGUCUGGGAAUAUGGCUGAAUAUAAACAAUGUAGUUAUUCCCUCCGCAAUGCAAUCAAACAAGCGAAAUGCCGGUACAGGGACAAAGAUGAGUUGCAAUUCAACGGCUCAGACAGAAGACGUGUGUGGCAGGGCCUACAGGAAAUCAUGGACUACAAAACAAAACCCAGCGCUGUCACGGGCACCGACGUCAUGCUUCCAGACAAACUGAACACCUUCUUUGCCCGCUUUGAGGAUAUACAGUGCCAACAUUGAGGCCUGCUAUCAAGGACUGAGCACCCCCUUUCCUUCUCUGUGGCCGACGUGAGUAAAACAUUUAAACGUAUUAACCCUGCUAGCCCAGACGGCAUCCUUAGCCGCGUCCUCAGAGCAUGUGCCCUCAGAGCAUGUGCCCUCAGAGCCUGCGCCCUCAGAGCCUGCGCCCUCAGAGCAUGCGCCCUCAGAGCAUGCGCCCUCAGAGCAUGCGCCCUCAGAGCAUGCGCCCUCAGAGCAUGCGCCCUCAGAGCAUGUGCCGACCAGCUGGCUGGUGUGUUUACCGACAUAUUCAAUUGCUACCUGUCCCAGUCUGCUGUCCCUACAUGCUUCAAGAUGGCCAACAUUGUUCCUGUACCCAAGAAGGCAAAGAUAACUGAACAAAAUGACUACUGCUCCGUAGCACUCACUUCUGUCAUCAUGACGUGCUGAGAGACUAGUCAAGGAUCAUAUCACCUCCACCUUACCGGCCACCCUAGAGCCAAUUCAGUUUGCAUACCGCCCCAACAGGUCCACAGACGAUGCAAUUGCCAUCACACUGCACACUGCCCUAUCCCAUCUGAACAAGAGGAAUACCUGUGUAAGAAUGCUGUUCAUUGACUACAGCUUAGCAUUCAACACCAUAGUACCAUCCAAGCUCAUCAUCAAGUUGGAGGCCCUGGGUCUCAACCCCUGUGCAAUUGGGUCCUGGACGUUCUGACAGGCUUCCCCCAGGUGGUGAAGGUAGGAAACAACAUCUCCACUUCGCUGACCGUCUUACGGGAAGUCGGAGUGUAGUGUCAGGAAAACAACUUCUCACUCAACGUCAACAAAACAAAGGAGAUGAUCGUGGACUUCAGGAAACAGCAGAGGGAGCACCCCCCUUUCCACAUCGAAAGGACAGCAGUGGAGAAGGUGGAAAGUUUUAAGUUCCUCGGCGUACACAUCACGGACAAACUGAAAUGGUCCACCCACACAGACAGCGUGGUGAAGAAGGCACAACAGCGUCUCUGAAGAAAUUUAGCUUGUCAUCCAACACCCUGACAAACUUUUACAGAUACACAAUCGAGAGCAUCCUGUCGGGCUGUAUCACAGCCUGGUACAGCAACUACACCGUUCUCAACCGCAAGGCACUCCAGAGGGUAGUGAUGUCUGCACAACUCAUCACCGGGGCAAACUACCUGCCCUCCAGGACUCCUACAGCGCCCAAUGUCACAGGAAGGCCAAAAAGAUCAUCAAGGACAUCAACCCCCUGAGCCACUGCCUGUUCACCCUGCUAUCAUCCAGAAGGCGAGGUCAGUACAGGUGCAUUAAAGCUGGGACAGAGAGACUGAAAAACAGCUUCUAUCUCAAGGCCAUCAGACUGCUAAACUGCAAUGACUAACUCAGAGAGGCUGCUGCCUACAUUGAGACCCAAUCACUGGCCACUUUAACAAUGGAUCACGAGCCACUUUAAAUAAUGGCAGUUUAAUAAUGUUUACAUAUCUUCCAUUACUCAUAUCACAUGUAUAUACUGUAUUUUAUACCACCUACUGCGCCUUGCCUCUGCCGCUCAACCAUCGCUCAUCCACAUAUGUAUAUGUACAUAUUCUCAUUCCCCCCUUUAGAUGUGUGUGUAUUAGGUAGUUGUUGGGGAAUUGUUAGAUUACUUGUUAGAUAUUACUGCACUGUCGGAACUAGAAGCACAAGCAUUUCGCUGCACUCGCAUUAACAUCUGCUAACCAUGUGCAUGUGACCAAUAACAUCUGCUAACCAUGUGUAUGUGACCAAUAACAUCUGCUAACCAUGUGUAUGUGACCAAUAACAUCUGCUAACCAUGUGUAUGUGACCAAUCACAUUUGAUCUGAUUCAUACAGUACAUGUGUCAGUCUUACAGUUUCAUUAUCCGUGUACAGUACAUAUGUCAGAGUUAAUAUUUCAUUAUCCGUGUACAGUACAUAUGUCAGAGUUAAUGUUUCAUUAUCCGUGUACAGUACAUAUGUCAGAGUUAAUGUUUCAUUAUCCGUGUACAGUACAUAUGUCAGAGUUAAUGUUUCAUUAUCCGCGUACAGUACAUAUGUCAGAGUUAAUAUUUCAUUAUCCGUGUACAGUACAUAUGUCAGAGUUAAUAUUUCAUUAUCCGUGUACAGUACAUAUAUCAGAGUUAAUGUUUCAUUAUCCGUGUACAGUACAUAUGUCAGAGUUAAUAUUUCAUUAUCCGUGUACAGUACAUAUGUCAGAGUUAAUAUUUCAUUAUCCAUGUACAGUACAGUACAUAUGUUAGAGUUAAUGUUUCAUUAUCCGUGUACAGUACAUAUAUCAGAGUUAAUGUUUCAUUAUCCGUGUACAGUACAUAUGUCAGAGUUAAUGUUUCAUUAUCCGUGUACAGUACAUAUGUCAGAGUUAAUGUUUCAUUAUCCGUGUACAGUGCAUAUGUCAGAGUUAAUAUUUCAUUAUCCGUGUACAGUACAUAUGUCAGAGUUAAUAUUUCAUUAUCCGUGUACAGUACAUAUGUCAGAGUUAAUAUUUCAUUAUCCGUGUACAGUACAGUACAUGUGUCAGAGUUAAUGUUUCAUUAUCCGUGUACAGUACAUAUGUCAGAGUUAAUGUUUCAUUAUCCGUGUACAGUACAUAUGUCAGAGUUAAUAUUUCAUUAUCCGUGUACAGUACAUAUGUCAGAGUUAAUAUUUCAUUAUCCGUGUACAGUACAUAUGUCAGAGUUAAUAUUUCAUUAUCCGUGUACAGUACAGUACAUGUGUCAGAGUUAAUGUUUCAUUAUCCGUGUACAGUACAGUACAUAUGUUCGAGUUAAUGUUUCAUUAUCCGUGUACAGUACAUAUGUCAGAGUUAAUGUUUCAUUAUCCGUGUACAGUACAGUACAUGUGUCAGUCUUAAUGUUUCAUUAUCUGUGUACAGUACACGUGUCAGUCUUAAUGUUUCAUUAUCCGUGUACAGUACAUAUGUCAGAGUUAAUGUUUCAUUAUCCGUGUACAGUACAUGUGUCAGUCUUAAUGUUUCAUUAUCUGUGUACAGUACAUAUGUCAGAGUUAAUGUUUCAUUAUCCUUGUACAGUACACGUGUAGAUGAUCAGAUAUAUGGGGUAUUGUGUAGGUAUUGUAAUGCCAUAGGCUACAGUUAUAAUGUCCUGAUGUAGUCUGGUGUAGCUAUUUCUGCCCCAUGCAACACUGUUCAGCUACACCUUUUCCUGUGUGACUCGUCAACUGAUAUGGCAUCGCCUGUCUCUCCGCUUGAAAUUCAUCAGUGUAUCAAUGAAAUCUGGAUAACGAGUCGAAUAUAUUGUUGUAUUCAACUCAGGUAUAAAUAUAUUGUUAUAUACAACCCAGGUAUAAAUAUAUUGUAAUAUACAGCUCAGGUAUAAAUAUAUUGUAAUCUACGAAUCAGGUAUAAAUAUAUUGUUGUAUACAACUCAGGUUUAAACAUAUUACUAUACAACUCAGGUAUAAACAUAUUGUAAUAUACAACUCAGGUAUAAACAUAUUGUAAUAUACAACUCAGGUAUAAAUAUAUUGUAAUAUACAGCUCAGGUAUAAAUAUAUUGUAAUAUACAGCUCAGGUAUAAAUACACUGUAAUAUACAACCCAGGUAUAAAUAUAUUGUAAUAUACAACUCAGGUAUAAAUAUAUUGUUAUAUACAAAUCUACAAAUCAGGUAUAAACAUAUUGUAAUAUAUAACUCAGGUAUAAAUAUAUUGUAAUAUACAACUCAGGUAUAAAUAUAUUGUUAUAUACAAAUUUACAAAUCAGGUAUAAAUAUAUUGUUAUACAACUCAGGUAUAAAUAUAUUGUAAUAUACAACUCAGGUAUAAACAUAUUGUAAUAUACAACUCAGGUAUAAACAUAUUGUAAUAUACAACUCAGGUAUAAAUAUAUUGUAAUAUACAACUCAGGUAUAAAUAUAUUGUUAUACAACUCCUGUAUAAAUAUAUUGUAAUAUACAACUCAGGUAUAAAUAUAUUGUUAUAUACAAAUCUACAAAUCAGGUAUAAAUAUAUUGUUAUACAACCCAGGUAUAAAUAUAUUGCUGUAUACAACUCAGGUAUAAAUAUAUUGUUAUAUACAAAUCUACAAAUCAUGUAUAAAUAUAUUGUUAUACAACUCAGGUAUAAGCAUAUUGCUAUACAACCCAGGUAUAAAUAUAUUGUUAUAUACAAAUCAUGUAUAAAUAUAUUGUUAUAUACAAAUCAUGUAUAAAUAUAUUGUUAUAUACAAAUCAUGUAUAAAUAUAUUGUAAUAUACAACCCAGGUAUAAAUAUAUUGUAAUAUACAACCCAGGUAUAAAUAUAUUGUAAUAUACAACUCAGGUAUAAAUAUAUUGUAAUAUACAACUCAGGUAUAAAUAUAUUGUUAUAUACAAAUCAUGUAUAAAUAUAUUGUAAUAUACAACCCAGGUAUGAAUAUAUUGUAAUAUACAACUCAGGUAUAAAUAUAUUGUAAUAUACAACCCAGGUAUAAAUAUAUUGUAAUAUACAACUCAGGUAUAAAUAUAUUGUAAUAUACAACCCAGGUAUAAAUAUAUUGUUAUACAACUCAGGUAUAAACAUAUUGUAAUAUACAACCCAGGUAUAAACAUAUUGUAAUAUACAACCCAGGUAUAAAUAUAUUGUAAUAUACAACCCAGGUAUAAACAUAUUGUAAUAUACAACCCAGGUAUAAACAUAUUGUAAUAUACAACCCAGGUAUAAAUAUAUUGUAAUAUACAACUCAGGUAUAAAUAUAUUGUUAUAUACAAAUCAUGUAUAAAUAUAUUGUAAUAUACAACCCAGGUAUGAAUAUAUUGUAAUAUACAACUCAGGUAUAAAUAUAUUGUAAUAUACAACCCAGGUAUAAAUAUAUUGUAAUAUACAACUCAGGUAUAAAUAUAUUGUAAUAUACAACCCAGGUAUAAAUAUAUUGUUAUACAACUCAGGUAUAAACAUAUUGUAAUAUACAACCCAGGUAUAAACAUAUUGUAAUAUACAACCCAGGUAUAAAUAUAUUGUAAUAUACAACCCAGGUAUAAACAUAUUGUAAUAUACAACCCAGGUAUAAACAUAUUGUAAUAUACAACCCAGGUAUAAAUAUAUUGUAAUAUGCAACCCAGGUAUAUAUUGUAAUGUACAACCCAGGUAUAUAUUGUAAUAUACAACCCAGGUAUAUAUUGUAAUAUACAACCCAGGUAUAUAUUGUAAUGUACAACCCAGGUAUAUAUUGUAAUGUACAACCCAGGUAUAUAUUGUAAUGUACAACCCAGGUAUAUAUUGUAAUAUACAACCCAGGUAUAUAUUG